AUGUCUGCUAAACGUCUCCUUGAAGAGUGUGAUGUUGGAGGUGAAUUCAGCAUCUGGGAGGAAUGUAGUAAGGAUGUGACAUUCACCAAACUGAACACAGCGACUGGGCUUUUGAUUUACAAGGGCCGCUCCACGCAGAUGGACCGCCAAAACGACCAAAAACAUGUGAUUAAAAAUGGGGAUUUCUUUAAAGACCCUCUUCCGGAAGCAGAUCUGUACAUCCUGGCCAGGAUCCUCCAUGACUGGGCAGAUGGAAAGUGCUUACACUUGCUGGAGAGGGUCUACCAUACUUGCAAGCCAGGUGGUGGCAUUCUGGUAAUUGAAAGCCUCCUGGAUGAAGACAGGCGGGGCCCUCUGCUCACGCAGCUCUACUCUCUGAACAUGCUUGUGCAGACGGAAGGGCAGGAGAGGACCCCCACCCACUACCACAUGCUCCUCUCUUCUGCUGGCUUCAGAGACUUCCAGUUUAAGAAAACAGGAGCCAUUUAUGAUGCCGUUUAGUCAGGAA